CCGGGGGAGGAUGCAGGAGCGCCGGCUUACAGGAGGAUGAUCUCCAGAUACACCCGGAAACCUGUAGCGCAGAACCUACACAUUCGUGGGGUCUCACACAGCACUCUGGACCAGCAUCCACCUCCUGAAGAUCCUCAGCAGGAGUGCACACUGUCCCAUAGGCUACUGCAGGAUCUACAGUUAAAUACGUCCACCUGUAACAGCUCCUCAUCCUCCUCCUCAGCACUGAGGUCUGUGUGUCCAUCAGCGGUUGCCGUGGAGACAAGCAGGACGUGGUCUGUGAUUGACAGUUACACUGGAACAGGAGUAAGCACUGAACGUAGCUCUGUCUUCUCCUGGGCUUAUGAUGAGUUUGAUAAAGCAGCUUCUCGGCAGGUACAGCAGUUGUUUGAGGAGAUUGAUGAGGAGCUGUAUGAGGGGAGAGGAGGAGAACAGCAGGAUGAGUGUAAACUGUGGGCAUCACGCUUCCCUCAUCUACGGAUUUUGGGGAAGCAGUUGGUGUGUCCUACAGAUGAAGGGUUCCAGUGGAUCUCUACGUCACCUCAGAGCAGCAGCUCCACCACUCACAGACACAACAAACAGAGCGAGUUGUGUGUACAGGGUCACAGAGCUGCACUGUGUGUGGAGGUAACACACCCCACUGACCCUGGUGGAGACGAGUUACCCAGAGUGAUAGAAGAAGAGGGAGUGAUUGAGGAGUACCUGGCCUUCGACUGGAGGGACCUCGAUGAUGAGUGUGUGUGUAUGAACAGGAGGAAACACUUCCUGCCUCCAGUCUCUCCAUACCGCUGUAGGAGGGAGGCGGUGCUUGAGCUGCUGUUUGAUGAUGUGUGGCGUGAGCUGAUUGGUUGGAUGGAGGAGCUGUUACCCAGGCUGUGGGAGGGAUCAGGAUCAGCAGAUGAGGAGAAGAGUGUGUUGCCUCCUAGUCCAGAACAUCAUCAGUUCCACAGUCCUUCAGGUCUGAACUCCAGCACCCCCUGUACCCUGCCACGCCUCGGACCCUUGACCCAGAACCCCCCCAACACCCUGCACACACCGAACUCAAAGCUGAGGAGCUCAAAGUCCAGACGCAGAUCCAAAAAACUGAGAAAACCUUCUACUUCGAGUCGAGGGUCGUUGGGAUCAGGGGCAGUGCAGCACAACACUCUGACUAAUCUGAUUGUGGUCCAUGGUAUCCCUCUACAGCAGAGACACUCCGGCCCACCAGAACGAAGCUCACAUGAUGUAGAUGAAAGACUGGGUCCCUCUAAGCCCCGCCAUCGUCAUACUUUGGAACAAAGCCCCUCCCCUGUGCCCCGCCCUCCUCCAUCUUCACGUCGACGGCCCCUCCCUCCUCGUACGCUCCUCCCACUUAAUCAGUCCGGCAGUGCAGCAGGAAACAUGGAGGAGGGAAUCAUCAGAGGAACUCGAAUAGCUCCAGCGUCUGAUUAUCUCUCAUCUUCUGUGGUGACCCUCAGUAGGAACACACUGCUCCCCCCAAUCAGCACCACAGAUCCUGAACAUACACACUCAGGUCAUCAGACACGCCCCUCUCAGCGUCACAGGGGUCCCUCUAGUCGAGCCCACAGUGCUGUAGCAGAUGAAGUGUGUGGCGUGCUGCCUUUCUCCAGACCAAACACCACCCACACGUUCAGGUCUGAUACUCCUCAUCGUCGCUCCUUCACUGUUCUGGACAGCAGUGGGCAGGUGAGACCGAGCAGAGCUUCAGUGUGUACAGACUCUCUGGGUAUUGGUGUAACUGGGAUCAGUUUGGGCAUUAGCAGCUCUUCCUUUCUGGACUCUUUUACCCAUCAUGCCCAUGACCACGCCCCCAUUGUAGAUGGGGAGGAGCCAGAAGCACAAGCCCCACCCCCUGCUCUGCUGCUUCCUGUUUCACUUCCAUCUCACAGCAGAGGAUUAAUCACCCGCACUAACAGAACAGGACUGUAACACACACACACACACACACACACACACACACACUACAGUUCUCAGCAGCACUUUUCUCAUUAUUAUUAUUAUUGUUAUUAUGAUA